GCUUCCAGUAGUUUCAACGGUUUACAGUUUCACACUAACUCAGUUACGCUUCGUCACUUUUCUUCUUCGUUAGUCAGUCAACAUUCAUUCCCAAACACCGGAAGUAAAACCCUACUACCAACGAUAUGCAGAACCCCUCGCCGGAUUCCGACCUCCCGCCGCUCGCCGCCAUCAAGGUUCGCUCCUCUUCUCCGCGAUUCCCCCCGCCGACUACUCCACUCUCCGACGAGACACCCACCGCCAACGCUCAGCGCAAGAUCGGGAUAGCUGUCGAUCUCAGCGACGAAUCCGCUUUCGCUGUUAAGUGGGCGGUUCAUCAGUACCUUCGCCCUGGGGAUGCGGUUGUUCUAGUACACGUCCGCCCCACUUCUGUCCUCUACGGCGCUGACUGGGGCUCUGUGGACCUCUCAAUUGUUGACGCCGGCAACGAGGAAUCUCAGCGGAAACUCGAAGAUGAUUUCGACGCCUUCACCACUACCAAGGCGUCCGAUCUGGCGCAGCCACUUGUGGAGGCUGGAAUACCUUUUAAAAUCCACAUCGUCAAGGAUCACGAUAUGAGGGAGCGCCUCUGCCUGGAGGUUGAACGGCUGGGGUUGAGUGCUGUGAUCAUGGGGAGCCGGGGAUUUGGUGCGACCAAGAGGGGGAGUGAUGGGAGACUUGGGAGUGUGAGCGAUUACUGCGUCAGGCAUUGUGUUUGUCCUGUUGUUGUGGUGAGAUACCCUGAUGAGAAGGAUAGUGCUGGAGGCGAUGCUGCUCCGGUGGUCUCCGUGGCUUCUGCUGCCGAAGAGCUUGAGGAGGAGGAUGAGGAGCCUGAGUAUCAUGAUGCAUCUGAUAGCAAAAAAAGAUUCCUGAUCAACAUCGAGCUGAAGCACCUCCAUUUGAUGCCUGCCUGCAGGCAUUGUCUAAAACCUAUAGUUGAUGAAUGAGAAUUAACUAGAUUUGCUUGAACAGAGAAGUAUUGCCAUGUAUAUCGCACGCAGUUUCUUUUAUUCCAUUAUCUGCGUCAGUUUGUUUGCGUCGUAAAUGUUGAGUCCUGUAUUACCAUAUUGUCGAUCAUCAUGCAGCUUUGUGUAGCUUCAAAACUCAUAACACAGUUUCUGAAGUUCCUCUUCCUUUUACAUAAUACAUUACUGUCCGUGUUUGUGUUUUUGGCAA